ACGUGAGUCAAUUUUAUUCGUAGCCGCACGCAAGUUAUUUCGACUCGAUAAAGCAGGAAAAAAUAGUUUUUGCACGGAAUUUUAUCGAAAUACACUAAUGCACUAGUCAAAUUAAAUAAAUUAUACAAGUAGUAAACCAAACGAAGAUCAAAAUAUAAGCACGAUUUUAUUAGAAAAUGUCCAUUUGCUACUAUUAGAAGAAGACGUAAGAAAAAAAGCAGAGGAGUAGUUAUACAAAAGUGUAUGUGUGUGUGCAUGGAGCAGUGUCAGACAGACCAUUGGUGUACGCAAAAAAGUGCUGGAAUUUCAAUUUAAGCCAAAAAAGCCGACAUCAGCGCAGCAGAGUAAAAAAAAAGCCUCAAAAUCAUCCACAUAUAGACCUCGGCACAAGCAAACAUACUUAAAUAAUAAAAAAAACGAAAAAAUAAUCAAAUACAUUUGGUGUUGGUGUUUGCAAUUCGCUGCCUUUAUGUUGUUGCUGCUGCCAUUGCUGUUGAUUCAUUAAUUUCUCCUCUCCGUCAUAAUUUUGUUUUUUUUUUUGAAGACAACCAAAAAGUGACUGAAUAAAAGAGGGCGGGGUGUUGCUUUAUUUGGAUUGCAAGGUAACAAAAAGCCUAAUGAAGAAGACGACCCCAAAUAAAAGUAAUCAAAUUUCAAAGAACUGAAUGCAAGCAACCACAUGAUUUAAUUCUGGAACAGCAUACUUUGAACAGUGAAGCAAAGCAGUUAAUAGUGUGGCUGUUUUCUUUUCAUCAUUAUUAAUACAACAACAAAAGCAGCGAUUCCAUCCCAAAAUUAGAAUCAUCGCACGGUAGUUGUAGGACACCCACAGCAGCAUCGCCGCUACAUUUGACUUCUGUGUUUUGAUUUUUUUGAUUUAGAGAGAUUGCAACAUUUUUCCUCUCUAUAAAAUAAAGUAAAACAAAUAGAAAUAACAAUGAUCUUAUUGGAAAUCAAUAAUCGUAUUGUGGAGGAGACUUUGUUGGUUAAAUUCCGUAACGCUUUGGCCGGUCUAAAACCCGAAUCAAUAGACAUAAAAAUAGCAGACUUUGAUGGUGUGUUAUUUCACAUAUCCAACAUAAAUGGCGAUAAGACUAAAGUGCGAACUAGCAUUUCUUUAAAAUUUUAUCAACAAUUGCAAGAACAUGGUGCCGACGAAUUGCUCAAGCGUGAAUAUGGCAGUUUGUUAACUGAAACGGAAGAUGGCUACAAUGUAUCCGUACUUAUUAAUUUAGAAGAUAUACCCUCAGAUUGGGAAGACAUUGCCAAAAAGAUUGGCUUGCUGAAACGUAAUUGCUUUGCGUCCGUCUUUGAGAAAUACUUUGAUUUUCAGGAACAAGGAGAAGAGGGACAAAAACGUGCUGUUAUCAAUUAUAGAAAUGACGAGACUCUUUAUGUUGAGGCCAAACCGGAUCGUGUUACUGUUGUUUUUAGUACCAUAUUCCGCGAUGAAGAUGAUGUUGUUAUAGGUAAAGUUUUUAUGCAGGAAUUACGUGAAGGUCGCCGGGCAUCGCAUACUGCACCACAAGUGCUCUUUUCGCAUCGUGAACCACCAUUAGAAUUGGCCAAUACGGAGGCUAAAGUUGGCGAUAAUAUUGGUUACGUUACAUUUGUGCUCUUUCCACGUCAUACUAAUAAGGAAACUAGAGAUAAUACCAUAAAUUUAAUACACAUGUUCCGAGAUUAUUUACAUUACCACAUUAAGUGUUCAAAGGCUUACAUCCACUCAAGAAUGCGCGCAAAAACUUCUGAUUUCUUGAAAGUUCUGAAUCGUGCAAGGCCUGAAGCUAAAACUUUGGAGAAAAAGACCAUAACGGGGAGAACAUUUAUACGCAAAGAAUGAUUUAAGGACAAUGUCUAGUUGUUUUUUUAUAAUAAUGUAUUAAUUUUGUAUUAUUAAACAAAACGGUAGAAAUUCGAGAGUAAUAAAUCAAGUGAAAACAAUUACACGCUAACCCGUCAAGUAAUACAUUUCCAUAUAAAAGAAAGAAAAAAAUUAAAACAAAAUCAUCAUAAAUAUCUUCAUUGUGAGAAUUCUUGUCUGAUAACAACUUAUAUUUAACAAACACAAAAAAAAACGAAAGCAUACAUACAAGUCAUAAGUAAAGCCAAUUUCUUCGUCGUAACUAAACUAAAGGUAUUCCAAAAGUUUAAACUUUGUCUUAAAAACAAGCCAAGAAAUGAAAGAAGGAAAAAAAUAUAACAAACCCACACACGUAAGCAAAGUAAUACAUACGAACCUAUGAACCUAAAAAAAGAAAACAAAACAAAACAAAAUUAUUAUUAAUAAUAUUGUGGUUUAACCCUUGAAGAGAAAAACAAAAAACAAAAACAAUUGUAAUAAAAAUAGAAUAUCUAAGUUUUUUUUAAUGUAUUAUUUUUAUUUGUGAAAAAUCAAAUAAAAACACCUUAAAAACAAAGGCAAAAGAAAAAUUGUUAAAAAAUAUUUAAAAACAAGAAAUAAUAAAAAUGCAAUCCAAAACUUUCCUACAAAGAAAAUCCAAGAAAAUGAAA